AUGGCUCUUCUCGGUACGUAUCAGAUCUUGCUUACCUCCGUGCGCUUCAUUCGACAUAAACCAUGGAUUCCAAAAUUUCGUCUUAUCCGUCAGAUGCAACCGUGGGUGCAGCCCUUCGACCCUGAUCUCAUUUCGAUUGGUGGUAAAAGUGGCACUGAACGUGCUACUUCAUCGGAAAUCCGUGAACACUUGCGUCGAAACGGUCUAAUGCCUCCCCUCUUGUUUCAAGAGCAUCGCAUUAAUUUGACGCAUUCUGGUCGUAUUUUCGAUGAAUAUGUCCCUCCUGAAGGUGACGGAAAAUCGUCCCUCCUUUCUACUGGGGUAAUAGCAGAUGCGAAGGAUUCAGUGGUGAAGAAAGCCAAAACUGCGAGAGCGGCUCUCCGUAUAAGGAAGCACAAACCAGCAUUUAGCACAUCCAGUUUUCCAUUAGAAGCAGACGCAAUUUAUAAAGAGGUGCACACUCUUCUUCCCAAAUUUUAUGCCAACCAAGAGCGAAUCCUCGAGCUUACGACAGAAAAGGCCUUUGUAGAGAUGACAGAAGGUCUGAAACUCCGAACUCUACAUUGGAAAUUCACUGGUAGCCUGGAGCCCCCGCGGGUGGUUAGUUGUCGAAUUGAGGAGGCUAUGGGCAGGGGCAACAUGUUUGGCCAAGUCACCGUCCGGUUCCACACCCAGCAGCGCGUUGAACUAGUCUUCCAAUUGGGUGAAAAUGACCCGAUUUCUUCAUUUGUAAUUUCCGAAGCCAGAGUAACCCCGUGUCUCAGUUUUGAAAACAAGGGUUCAUCGAUUGGUUCUCCCACGUCUGCUCUUCCUCACAAUUCGGGUAUUCCGUCUUCUUCGAUGGAUCCAUUUGUAAGAGACCCUGGCGCCUGUGAUGCUCAAGCAAAUCCUGCCGGUGUUAAUUAUCAUAUGGGUUUAACAAUGUCGUCCCAAGCGAAGGUCGAUGAUGCCCUUCUUAGUAUUUCCGAUUUAAACUUGACAGAUCCAUCAACCUCACAGCUUCCUGCCACCGAUAGCAGACUAAUGGGAAUGGUAGGGUUGUCAAAAGUGAAACAGGGAUGUAUGGAAGAACCUAAAGCUCUUCACAGCAAUGGCGGUUUAUGUCUAUCAACAUCGCAGAUUCUUCCCACUGAUAGCAGACCGGUAGACCCAACAACGUCGUCAAAACUUCAAAAUGAAAAGGUUGACGAUCCUUUACAUAGUCUUUUUGAAAGCCUAUCGGAGCCGCUCACAUUUCAGUUGUCUAAUUUACCGAAUAAGCCAAUGUCGCCGAAUGUGGCACGUUGCAAUAUUGAAAGUGAUAAAGUCCUCCCCAAUAUUUCUGAUUUGGGUCUAACAGAAAAGUCUGCUUCACAAGACCCUGGCGUCUGCCCUAAGCCAACCUCCUCACAGAUUUGCCACGAUAAUGUAGAAUGCGAUGCAGAUCUUCCAAGCAUUUCGGAUUUGAACUUAACUAAUCCCUCCACAUCUCAGACGCCGCUGUUUCCUCAGAAUAUACAUGGUAACAUAAUUGUUGGAACGAGUGCUGCUAAUGCAAAUGAAGAUUGCAUCCCUUCAUUUCUCGAAGAUGAGCCAGAGGUGUGCGGGGUCCGAGAAGUGCAACGUUGUGAUGAUGCAUCCGACGUGCCUGUGCCAUCGGGCCGAAAGCACCAGUGGUACACGUGCGGUAGGAACAUUAUCUGCUGCCACUUGAGGAACGAGCGACCGGGCUCAGCGCCCUGGUACCUUGAUUGCACUCGUGUUGCAAUUGGUGGAUGUCAUGGGUGUUGUAAGCUUCGUCCGAAAUUAAUUCCGCCUCAAGGAAAGCGCGAAACAUCAUGCAAUCGCUGA